AGGCCCGCCCCCUCCGCCGGGUCCAAAGCUCUCACCCCUUUUCCCCUCCCCCACACCCCCCAAGUCCUGCGGACCUGGGGGCUUCAGAAUCUGGAGCUAUGAAAAGUAUCUCUUCAGUCACUUCCGGUUUUUCUUCCCCCAAUUCCUCAGCUGCUGCUGCUGCUCAGGAGGUCAGAUCUGCCACUGAUGGUAAUACCAGCACCACUCCGCCCACCUCUGCCAAGAAGAGAAAGUUAAAUAGCAGCAGCAGCAGCGGCAGUAACAGUAGUAACGAGAGAGACGACUUUGAUUCCACCUCUCCUUCCUCUUCUACUCCUCCUUUACCACCUAGGGAUUCGGCAUCCCCUUCAACCUCGUCUUUCUGCGUGGGGGUUUCGUUAGCUGCUUCCAGCCACGUACCGGUACAGAAGAAGCUGCGGUUUGAAGACACCCUGGAGUUUGUAGGAUUUGAUGCGAAGAUGGCUGAGGAAUCUUCCUCCUCCUCCUCCUCAUCUUCACCAACUGCUGCAACAUCUCAGCAGCAGCAAAUUAAAAAUAAGAGUAUAUUAAUCUCUUCUGUGGCUUCAGGGCAUCACGCUAACGGCCUGGCUAAAUCUUCUACCACCGCUUCUAGCUUUGCUAACAGCAAGCCUGGCUCUGCUAAGAAGUUAGUGAUCAAGAACUUUAAAGAUAAGCCUAAAUUACCAGAAAACUACACAGAUGAAACAUGGCAGAAACUGAAAGAAGCAGUAGAAGCUAUCCAGAAUAGUACUUCGAUUAAGUACAAUUUAGAAGAACUCUAUCAGGCUGUAGAAAAUCUCUGUUCUUACAAGAUUUCUGCAAACUUGUACAAACAGCUGAGACAGAUUUGUGAAGAUCACAUCAAAGCACAGAUUCAUCAGUUCAGAGAGGAUUCAUUGGAUAGUGUUCUUUUUCUAAAGAAGAUUGAUCGAUGCUGGCAGAACCACUGUAGACAAAUGAUCAUGAUCAGGAGCAUUUUUUUGUUUCUGGAUAGAACUUAUGUUCUUCAGAAUUCAAUGCUACCCUCCAUUUGGGACAUGGGAUUGGAGUUAUUUAGGGCUCAUAUUAUAAGUGAUCAAAAAGUCCAGACUAAGACAAUUGAUGGCAUUCUUCUGUUGAUUGAGAGAGAGAGGAAUGGUGAAGCAAUUGAUAGAAGUUUACUCCGAAGCCUUUUAAGCAUGCUCUCUGACUUGCAAAUUUAUCAGGAUUCUUUUGAACAACGAUUUUUGGAAGAAACUAACCGGCUUUACGCAGCUGAAGGCCAAAAAUUAAUGCAGGAAAGAGAGGUUCCUGAAUAUCUUCAUCAUGUUAACAAACGUCUAGAAGAAGAAGCAGACAGACUUAUUACUUACUUAGAUCAGACCACCCAGGACAUGGGAUUGGAGUUAUUUAGGGCUCAUAUUAUAAGUGAUCAAAAAGUCCAGACUAAGACAAUUGAUGGCAUUCUUCUGUUGAUUGAGAGAGAGAGGAAUGGUGAAGCAAUUGAUAGAAGUUUACUCCGAAGCCUUUUAAGCAUGCUCUCUGACUUGCAAAUUUAUCAGGAUUCUUUUGAACAACGAUUUUUGGAAGAAACUAACCGGCUUUACGCAGCUGAAGGCCAAAAAUUAAUGCAGGAAAGAGAGGUUCCUGAAUAUCUUCAUCAUGUUAACAAACGUCUAGAAGAAGAAGCAGACAGACUUAUUACUUACUUAGAUCAGACCACCCAGAAGUCAUUAAUCGCUACUGUAGAAAAACAACUUCUAGGUGAACACUUAACAGCAAUUCUUCAGAAAGGUUUAAAUAACCUUCUUGAUGAAAACCGAAUUCAAGACUUAUCUCUUCUGUAUCAGCUCUUUAGUAGAGUUCGAGGGGGAGUUCAGGUUCUCUUGCAACAGUGGAUUGAAUACAUUAAGGCAUUUGGCAGCACAAUUGUAAUUAAUCCUGAAAAAGAUAAAACCAUGGUUCAAGAAUUGCUGGAUUUUAAAGAUAAGGUUGACCAUAUUAUUGAUAUCUGUUUUCUGAAGAACGAAAAAUUUAUCAACGCUAUGAAAGAAGCAUUUGAAACAUUCAUUAACAAGAGACCAAAUAAACCUGCCGAACUUAUAGCUAAGUAUGUAGAUUCAAAGCUUCGUGCUGGCAACAAAGAAGCUACAGAUGAAGAACUAGAAAAAAUGUUGGAUAAAAUUAUGAUCAUAUUUAGAUUUAUCUAUGGCAAGGAUGUUUUUGAGGCCUUCUAUAAGAAAGAUUUAGCCAAACGCCUGCUAGUUGGGAAGAGUGCAUCUGUAGAUGCUGAAAAAUCAAUGCUCUCCAAACUUAAACAUGAAUGUGGAGCUGCUUUCACCAGCAAACUUGAAGGGAUGUUUAAAGACAUGGAACUUUCUAAAGACAUCAUGAUUCAGUUCAAACAGUAUAUGCAGAACCAGAAUGUACCUGGGAAUAUUGAAUUAACUGUGAAUAUCCUGACAAUGGGUUAUUGGCCAACAUAUGUGCCUAUGGAAGUCCAUUUACCACCAGAGAUGGUAAAACUUCAGGAGAUUUUCAAGACAUUUUACCUAGGCAAACAUAGUGGCAGGAAACUUCAAUGGCAGUCAACCCUAGGACACUGUGUGUUAAAGGCAGAAUUUAAAGAGGGUAAAAAAGAACUCCAAGUCUCUCUUUUUCAAACACUGGUGCUGCUGAUGUUUAAUGAGGGAGAGGAGUUCAGUUUAGAAGAGAUCAAGCAGGCUACUGGAAUAGAGGAUGGCGAGUUAAGGAGAACACUGCAGUCUUUGGCCUGUGGAAAAGCUAGAGUUUUGGCAAAAAAUCCGAAGGGCAAAGAUAUCGAAGAUGGUGAUAAGUUCAUUUGUAAUGAUGAUUUCAAACACAAACUUUUCAGGAUAAAGAUCAACCAAAUCCAAAUGAAAGAAACGGUUGAGGAACAAGCAAGCACUACAGAAAGAGUAUUUCAAGACAGACAGUAUCAAAUUGAUGCUGCAAUUGUUCGAAUUAUGAAGAUGAGGAAGACACUUAGCCACAACCUCCUGGUUUCAGAAGUGUACAACCAGUUGAAAUUUCCAGUAAAGCCUGCUGAUCUAAAGAAGAGAAUAGAAUCCUUAAUUGACCGGGACUACAUGGAAAGAGAUAAAGAAAACCCAAAUCAGUACAACUACAUUGCAUAAAAGUUUGGCCUUGGAGCAUUUUGUGUUUCAUGCUGUAGCCAGUGGAUAAACUUAACUUGUUGACCCUAUAUUGUUUGAAUUCUUUUAUACUACCGAUGACCAAAUGAAGCAGUGUAAUGAAAAUAGUUGAGUGGACAUUUUCAGUGGUUAACAUGCCCAUUAAAAGAGUAAUACUUACCUUUAAGAAGAAUGUUGUUAAACUCUUUGCAUGUUAUUUAGUAUGAUGUGCAGAAAACUCUUAAGAAAGUACUUGGUCUUCAUGAUUCCUCUUUGGAAAUAGGGAAGAGGUCCCUAUGGCUAUUAAAAACGGGGGGUUCUUAUACACCGUUAAUUAUAAAGCAAAGGUUUAUUUGCUUAAUAUGUCAUUUAAAGAUACUUAAACUGCAUGCAAACUUUAUUUACUGUACAGAGUUCUGGAUGUAUUUAUCAAAUAGAAAAACCACCCUGGA